GCGCAGGUCGGGUCGGGUCGGCGGGUGUGCGGGUCGGGUCGGGGUCGGGUCAGGUCCGUGGGUUAGGUGAGGUUCGAGCACUGGUUGAGAAGCGGAUACGACCGAAACCGGACGGAGUGCACGGCGGUCGACAUUAGGGCUCAGGCAGACAGAAAGCCAAACCGGUAGCCCGAGGUCAACUUUCACGAAUUGCAGCGGGCAACUCGUGAAGUUCCGUGGAAAAGAUGUCCGAAAUAGAACAAGAUAUCAAGAAGGUUGUCAUCACCUUCUUCGCACCACCUCUGAAUGACAAGGACAGCAAGAACGAUGAGCUGCGGAAGAAGGUGAAGAACUCAGGACGGUUCGACCACGGCGGCUACAUGUUCCGGACGCGCGAGGUCUAUGACACGUAUCGGUAUGGAGGAGCAUUUCCAAUGUUUCAUUAUCAAGAUGACCAGAAAAUGGUUCAAGAUCUGGAGGAUAACCCAUCUAAGAUGUUCCCAAAGUUCGCUCUCGGUGACGGCGUGGAAUCUCGGCAAGGCAUAUACCACGAGGUGGCCAGGAAGCGACUGAAGGCCUACGACCCCGACUGUCCGCUGGAUGACCUCAGCUUCAUAACUCUGGCCUACAAGGCCCUCGAGCCGGAGCCUGUCAAAGAGCUACUGGACAACUGGAAGACCUGGACGGGCGCACGUGCCAUUUUGGAGGAUUUCGGUGACAAAGUCCCUAUCCAAGAAGUGAUAUUCUUCGCCCGUCACUACCCGGCUGAUUUCGACGUGUUCGCCUACAUCGUACUGCUGAGCUUCAAAAACGAGCCGGAGGCGGCCCGUUGGGUUCUCUACUAUGUACAGAGACUGCGUGUGGAGCGCUGGUUCGGCUACAGUACGGUAUACGCGGCCGCCCCCAGCUAUAGACGGCAUGUUGGCACCCCGGGCACCCCGGCCGACAAGUGAACGGUGCAGUCACCGGCAGCAGAGGCGCCACGGGGAAUAGGGAGCCGGCCGGCGCGGCAGACGUGCAGCGUCCUGAGAUCGUCAGAGAUGUGCCAUGUGUCAUCAGUCUGCGCGUAGGGUGACACCAGUCACCUGUCAGGCGUCAUCAGCCACUGUGCCUCUGCUGGUUGGGUGUAACCUAUCACUGUGUCAGGGUGUCUGCAACGAAACCGAGACGCCACGACAGAAUGCUAUAAUAAAGAUCUUAUAUGGAACGAAAUACUCAUACCUACAAUUAUCACCACUGUGCCUGAUAUCUCACCUCGGGGUAUUUAUAUCAUUUUGUACAUAGUAAUACAACUUAAGUAAAUCCUUAGCAACUGGUUCCCACUUCCCAGUACCUAUUUCUGGGGGGAAGGGACGAGGUAAUCCCGUGACCCGUACCAUAUAAAAUGUGCUUUCAAGCCCGGGUGAGUGGCCGCUACCCGCUGUCAUAUUGUUAUCUCACCUGAAACUCAUUCACCACUUAGGUAAUUCGGACUCAAGGUUACGCCCCUGCGUUCCUGCUGUCUUCUUAUCCAUAGCAAUUGCAAAUUCCUUCAUAAAUUUGCAUUCAUUAUCGGCAUUCAACAUAACCCAAUUAAAUCCAACUACGCGCACGAACUUUUCGUGACAAACAUUCUUAACGACCACUUUGCGUCAACCAUACCAUGGGAGUAGGAACCUCACGAAAAGUGUGUGUGUUGGUAAGGAGGGGGGGGGGGGCAGCGAAACUUCAAUGUCACUUUGUGGGAGCCCCAAUACCCCUUAAGAAGACAUUCUUGCAGUUUUGUACUCAUCUCACCUUGCUGAACUAUUUCAUGCUCUUAGUUUUGUAUCUAAAUCAAAAACAAAUAUAUUACUUUAAAAAAUGACUGAAAAGUGGGGGGGGGCGGGGGGCAUGGCCAACGGCCCCCGCCCCCUGUUCCAACGCCUAUGAACCAUAUCAACUACUUUGAGAAUGGCGAGUGAUAUUUUUGUGCGUCAUAUAGUUAUUUACAUCGAAGUGAUGAUUCACCUAGUGAACGAGCUAUAGGUCGUCUACUAGCUCCUAGAGUUUACCUCUGCAACCUAUAUUUGAUGCACAAUAAGCAGUAAAUAACUUAAAUGCGUUCAAUUUUCAAUCUUUCUUGAUGUUACAAGUCAUUUGCCGCGUCUCCGCUGUUAUGUUUCGUACAGUUUCUAGAUGUGUUGAGGCUGUUAUGUCGCUCCCCUCCCGCAGUCGCUCGCUCCCAGCUGGCUCAGACCUCACCUCCCUCCGUCCGUGCGAGAGAAAAGGACAAACAGGUGGCGUUAUUGUGAGAGAAGAGAAUUGGUGAUAAUGUGUCAUUCGUGUUGCUGCCGCCCAAACCGCUGCAGCUGAACAUGUCAGGUGUGCGCAUUCAUCGACGAUCUAUGCAUCUGUCGCAUUCGUUCGCAAUAAAUACACAGUCUAUGCAGAUAAUAUAUGAAUAAAUCCCAUA